AUGCUUAGGAUUGUAAAAAGAAUUGAAAGACUGCCUAACAAUAGUAAUAUUCUGUUUGAGCAAUCAAAUGAAAAAAGAGAACAAGUAAAUGAAUCUAAAACCUAUUUGAUAGGAGUUACUUCUUCAAAAUUGCUUGAAAGUAAAGUGAUCUUUCUAACAUAUAGGCUUAAUGUGUCCCAAAAUAAUUAUAUGUAAUGACAGAGCUUGCAAGAUGCUUUGACCUUGAAAACCUGGUCAAAUAAUGA